AUGGCUGCUGAGCCGAGGGGAGCAGGCUCUCAGAUGUCAGUGACGUUCAAGGACGUGGCUGUGCUGUUCACGCGGGAUGAGUGGAGAAAGCUGCGUUCUCCUCAGAGACACUUGUACCAGGAUGUGAUGCUGGAAAACUACAAUAACCUGGUCUCGCUGGGGCUCCUAUUUUCCAAACCAAAAGUGAUCUCCCUGUUGCAGCAAGGAGAAGAGCCGUGGAAGGUGGAGGAAGAGCGUUCUGGGGGCUCCUCUCUGGGAUGGAAGAGCAGUCAUAAAACCACAAAGUCAACUCAAACUCAAGAUUGUUUAAUUCAGGAGUUGAUAAUGAAAAGAUCUAAAAGGAAUGGACCGUGGAUCUUCAAAUCAGAAAAAACCUGCAUAUAUGAAGACAGAUUAGAGAAAAAACAGAAGAAAAAAGGAAGUGUUCACAUAUUUUCAGUCACUCACAAAAAUAUUCUUACUGUAGAAAGAAGAUAUAAAAAUACUGAAUUUGGCCAAAACCUUAGCCCAAAGUCAGUCCUUAUUAGGAAGCAGGUGGUUCCUAGAGAAAGAACAGUACCAAAAUGUGAAAUACAAGGAAACAGCUUCAAACAGAAUUUAAAUGUAAUUAAUCAACCAAAAAUCAACACAACAGAGAAACGUUAUAAAUGUAGUAUAUGUGAGAAAACCUUUAUUAACACUUCAUCUCUUCGUAAACAUGAGAAAAACCAUAGUGGAGAGAAAUUAUUUAAAUGUAAAGAAUGUUCAAAAGCAUUUAACCAAAGUUCAGCUCUUAUUCAACAUCAAAUAACCCAUACUGGAGAGAAACCCUAUGUAUGUAAAGAAUGUGGGAAAGCCUUUACUCUUAGUACAUCCCUCUAUAAACAUCUAAGAACACAUACUGUGGAGAAAUCCUAUAGAUGUAAAGAAUGUGGUAAGUCUUUCAGUCGAAGGUCAGGCCUUUUCAUACAUCAAAAAAUUCAUGCUAGAGAAAACCCCUGUAAAUAUAACCCAGGUAGGAAAUCAUCUAGUUGCAGCACAUCCCUUCCUGGGUGUCAGAGAAUUAAUUCCAGGAAGAAGUCCUAUUUAUGUAAUGAAUGUGGUAACACAUUUAAGUCUAGCUCAUCUCUUCGUUAUCAUCAGAGAAUUCACACAGGAGAGAAACCUUUUAAAUGUAGUGAAUGUGGGAGAGCCUUUAGUCAGAGUGCAUCUCUUAUUCAACAUGAGAGAAUUCACACUGGAGAAAAGCCCUAUAGAUGUAAUGAAUGUGGAAAAGGCUUCACUUCUAUUUCACGACUUAAUAGACAUCGAAUAAUUCAUACUGGUGAGAAGUUUUAUAAUUGUAAUGAAUGUGGUAAAGCCUUAAGUUCCCACUCAACACUUAUUAUUCAUGAAAGAAUUCAUACUGGAGAGAAACCAUGUAAAUGUAAAGUGUGUGGGAAAGCCUUCAGACAAAGUUCAGCUCUCAUUCAACAUCAGAGAAUGCAUACUGGAGAAAGACCCUAUAAAUGUAAUGAGUGUGGAAAAACAUUUAGGUGUAACUCAUCCCUUAGUAAUCAUCAGAGAAUUCAUACUGGAGAAAAACCAUAUCGAUGUGAGGAAUGUGGGAUAUCUUUUGGCCAAAGUUCAGCUCUUAUUCAACAUCGGAGGAUUCAUACAGGAGAGAAACCCUUUAAAUGUAAUACAUGUGGGAAGACUUUUAGACAAAGCUCAUCACGUAUCGCUCAUCAAAGAAUUCAUACUGGAGAGAAACCUUAUGAAUGUGCUACAUGUGGGAAACUUUUCAACCACAGGUCAUCUCUUACUAAUCAUUAUAAAAUUCAUUCUGAAGAGAGCCCCUAG